UGUAUCAGUGCGUGAGUGUAUGUGUUUGCUGUUAACUCCACACAUAAAACUGAGUCCCAUUCAAGUAUAUAAGUUUAAACAACUAGUUUGUUAUGUAUAGUAUCAGUACAACACUAGUCUAGCAACUAGUAGUAUAAGUCAUUGGAAAUAAUAAUUUGCAAAUCAGUGCAAAACAUUUUGGGAGAGUUUUUAGAGACUCAUUUGAGUCAAUGUUAAACUAGUAUUUGGAUUGCAUUAGUCAAGUCUAUACAACACUAGCAUUGUUUUGGGACACAAAACAUAGCCAAACAUAUAAUAGUAUUAAUAAUAUAAUAUAAGUUAACAUCACAUUUAUCUACAGUUUUAAGCUAUCAGUUGUUUGUAUGCAUUGCACUGUUAAACAACAAACAGUCCAUCAUUUGUUGAUUUGUUUUUUAAAACAAGUGAUAAUACCAUCACUACUGCUGUUGUUGAUGAUAGCCGUCGACCAAAACCAAUCGAUUGCAUACAUAACCCAUAAGUGAUGAUACAUUCAUUGGCAACCAUUGCCACCACUUUUUUGUUGCCAUCAUCUUAACGGUUGCCGACCGACCAGUCACUACCACGCCAUCCAAUUAAGUGCCACAAAACAAGCCAACCAACCGUCCCAUUGAAAACCGUAUUCAUAUUUUUUAGGUAUUCAUAUACUUAUUGUCCGAUCUUUGAUCUCUCUCUUAUUGUGUCCAAAAAAACACUAUCUGUGCUCAUCCUAUUCAUCCGUCCUAUCUAUCUGUCCAUCAAAUAUCAUAUAUUGUACCGCCAAUUGUCACUAUUAUUAUUAUAAUUAUCACCAACUGUUCCCUAUUAUUCAUUCACACAGUGUGUCUUCUCUUCAUAAUUUCUUCAUAUAUAUAUAUAUAUAAUCAAUGGGUGAAAAUAGUAACUCUUCGGCGACGACCAACUCGUCAAACAAUAAUGUGUCGAUGCAGUCGACGGCCGACUAUUUGGCACAACUUCUUAAAGAUAGGAAACAAUUGGCAGCAUUUCCCACUGUCUUCCUCCACAUCGAGCGCCUCCUCGAUGAAGAAAUUAAUAGAGUGCGUCAAAACUUGUUUCAAUUAAAUGGCGUCGAGAAGAAACCAAUGGUACUCCCGGAGCCCGAGGGAACCGCAGUAUCCAGACAGGAGAAAGUGUAUGUUCCCGUCGAUGAACAUCCAGAGUACAAUUUUGUGGGCAGAAUUUUGGGUCCCAGAGGUAUGACUGCCAAACAGUUAGAACAGGAGACGGGCUGUAAGAUUAUGGUCAGAGGAAGGGGAUCAAUGAGAGACAAGAAAAAGGAAGAGGCAAAUCGAGGCAAACCUAAUUGGGAACACCUCAAUGACAAACUACAUGUCCUCAUCACUGUUGAAGACACGAACAAUAGGGCCAACGUUAAGAUUCAAAAGGCCAUCGACGAGAUUAAAAAGCUUUUGAUUCCUAUUACUGAGGGCGAGGACGAGCUUAAAAAACGGCAGCUCAUGGAGUUGGCUAUUAUUAAUGGAACUUAUAGGGACAGUAGUCAACGUAAUAUUGAUCCAUCUCUACAAUUAGGUUUCGAUGCGGAUCAGUUACACAAAUUGACACAAUAUCCGAUAACACUGACCACACCGUUACGUCACCACGCUCACUCCACACCGAUUGGUGCACCUUUAAUUAUAAGCUCGAGGCAGUUUACUAUGCCUACCAGUGCCGCACUACUCAAUGGCGGCGGACCUCCACCACUGAUAUCGCCAGCAGAUGCCAAUCUACUGUAUCACUAUCCGGAAUACGCCGGUCAGUUCGCGGCAGCUCUUACAUCACCUCAAGCGGCAGCUUUGUUGGCUGAUUACCCGAACACCCAUACGGGUACCGCCGUUAUCGACACACUAACAUCGACCGGUGCGAUUGGAAAGGAUAAGCGACAGCGCAAUACCGUCACUAACCGAUAUAUACCGUAUGAUACGGUAUCCAUCACACAGAGACCCGCGUCUUAAGCUACUAUCCAUUUAUAUGUAACUAUUAUUAAUUAUAAUUAUUAUAAUGACGUGCCUUAUAACUACUGUCUUUAAAAAAAACUAAACACACAAUCAAACAAAAUUUGUUUAUUGUCUAAAAAAAUAAUUACAACUUUAUUAUUAUUCAAAACAUUUGUUUCUUAAUUGUUGUCUAUUUUUAAUUUGAAUUAAUGAAUUAAUUUGAUUUAUAUGUAAUAUUCCUAACGCAAUAUGACUUACCUGCUCAUCACACCUGUAUGUGUGGGGUAAUGAAACUGAUCACUAAUUUACAAUAAUUAUUAUUUCAUACA